CUCGCUUCCGGAUGCGUCACGUGACCGCCGGCUGCAGCAUGGCGGCCGCGGAGGAGCAGGACACUGGGUCAUUUGAAGACUCUACAGAUGACUCUGAGGAAGAAGAGAGUGAAGAGGAGCCCAAACUGAAGUAUGAGCGGCUCUCCAAUGGGGUCACAGAGAUCCUGCAGCAGGAUGCGGCCAGCUGCAUGACUGUGCAUGACAAGUUUCUGGCACUGGGCACACAUUAUGGCAAGGUUUAUCUACUUGAUGUCCAGGGGAACAUCACACAGAAGUUUGAUGUAAGUCCCGUGAAGAUAAACCAGAUCAGCCUGGAUGAAAGUGGAGAGCACAUGGGGGUGUGUUCAGAGGACGGCAAGGUGCAGGUGUUUGGACUGUAUACUGGAGAAGAGUUUCAUGAGACUUUUGACUGUCCCAUUAAAAUUGUUGCUGUGCACCCACAGUUCGUGAGAUCCAGCUGCAAGCAGUUUGUGACAGGAGGGAAGAAGCUGCUGCUGUUUGAGCGUUCCUGGAUGAGCAGGUGGAAGUCGUCGGUCCUGCACGAAGGGGAAGGGAACAUCCGGAGUGUCAAGUGGAGAGGCCACCUGAUCGCGUGGGCCAACAACAUGGGUGUGAAGAUUUUUGACAUCACUUCCAAGCAGAGAAUCACCAACGUGCCCCGGGAUGAUGUGAGUCUCCGCCCAGACAUGUACCCCUGCAGCCUGUGCUGGAAGGACACGGUCACGCUGGUCAUUGGCUGGGGCACAUCUGUCAAGAUCUGCUCAGUGAAGGAGCGGCAUGCAAGCGAAGUGAGGGACCUGCCUAGUCGAUAUGUUGAAAUAGUGUCUCAGUUUGAAACUGAAUUCUACAUCAGCGGACUUGCGCCUCUCUGCGAUCAGCUUGUUGUGCUCUCCUAUGUGAAGGAGGUUUCCGAGAAGACGAAGAGAGAGUACUGUGCCAGGCCUCGCUUGGACAUCAUCCAGCCCCUCUCUGAGACUUGUGAGGACAUCUCUUCAGACGCUCUGACCGUCAGAGGCUUCCAGGAAAAUGAGUGCAGAGAUUAUCACCUAGAGUACUCUGAAGGAGAAUCUCUCUUCUACAUCGUGAGUCCAAGAGAUGUCGUAGUCGCCAAAGAACGAGACCAAGAUGAUCACAUUGACUGGCUGCUUGAAAAGAAGAAAUAUGAAGAAGCAUUGAUGGCAGCUGAAAUUAGCCAAAAGAACAUUAAAAGACACAAGAUUCUGGACAUUGGCUUGGAGUAUAUAACCCACUUGCUGGAGAAAGGAGAGUAUGACAUUGCAGCACGCAAGUGCCAGAAAAUUCUUGGGAAAAAUGCAGCACUGUGGGAAUAUGAAGUUUACAAGUUUAAAGAAAUUGGACAGCUUAAGGCUGUUAGUCCUUAUUUACCGAGAGGGGAUCCAGUUCUGAAACCACUCAUUUAUGAAAUGAUCCUUCAUGAAUUUUUGGAAAGUGAUUAUGAGGGCUUUGCCACUCUGAUCAGAGAAUGGCCUGGAGAUCUGUAUAACAAUUCCGUGAUCGUUCAGGCAGUCCGGGAUCACCUGAAGAAGGACAGUCAGAACAGGACCUUACUGAGGACCCUGGCAGAGUUGUAUACCUACGACAAAAACUAUGGCAGUGCUCUGGAAAUAUACUUAACAUUAAGACAUAAGGACGUUUUCCAGUUGAUCCAUAAGCAUAAUCUUUUCAGUUCUAUCAAGGAUAAAAUUGUUUUAUUAAUGGAUUUUGAUUCCGAGAAAGCUGUUGACAUGCUUUUGGACAACGAAGAUAAAAUUUCGAUUAAAAAAGUUGUGGAAGAAUUAGAAGACAGACCAGAAUUGCAGCACGUGUAUCUACAUAAGCUUUUCAAGAGGGACCAUCACAAAGGUCAGCGCUACCAUGAGAAACAGAUCAGUCUUUAUGCCGAGUAUGAUCGACCAAACCUGCUCCCAUUCCUCCGCGACAGCACCCACUGCCCGCUCGAGAAGGCUCUUGAGAUCUGCCAACAGAGAAACUUUGUUGAAGAGACCGUAUAUCUUCUGAGCCGCAUGGGUAAUAGCCGAAGUGCCCUAAAGAUGAUCAUGGAGGAAUUACAUGAUGUUGAUAAAGCAAUUGAAUUUGCCAAGGAGCAAGACGAUGCAGAACUCUGGGAAGAUUUGAUUUUAUAUUCCAUCGACAAACCACCAUUUAUUACUGGCUUGUUAAACAACAUUGGCACACAUGUUGAUCCAAUUCUGUUGAUUCACCGUAUCAAGGAAGGGAUGGAGAUUCCUAAUUUAAGAGAUUCCUUGGUUAAAAUUCUACAAGACUACAAUUUGCAGAUUCUGCUUCGUGAAGGCUGCAAGAAGAUUCUCGUGGCUGACUCUUUGUCCUUACUAAAGAAAAUGCACCGUACGCAAAUGAAAGGUGUUCUAGUUGAUGAGGAAAAUAUCUGUGAAUCCUGCCUUUCCCCUAUUCUUCCUUCAGAUGCUGCCAAGCCCUUCAGCAUGGUGGUCUUCCACUGCCGCCACAUGUUCCACAAGGAGUGCCUGCCCGUCCCCAGCAUGAAUUCUCCUGCGCAGUUCUGUAACAUUUGCAGCGCUAAGCACCGUGGCCCAGGAAGUGCCAUUUUGGACGUGAAAAAAUAGCCCGGCUGUUUCUCAUCCAUCGCUCCUCAAGAGACUGGUUUUGUCACAGCUGAAGCCUUCGUUGACCCCAGUGUCUGUUUAGAGAUUUGUAUGUUUCUGUUAUGUCACUUCAUUUUGACCUGACCAAUAAAGAUUUCCCCUUGGUA